AUGCUUUCCAUUCCGUCUACUGAAAUCGUGAUCAACAUGGCUGCACGUCCAUAAGUAUCUUAGAAUUUUGUACGUGAACUUGUGUCUACUCUUGUUGAUCUUUAUUAAAUAAUUUGUCUAACUAAGAAGGGCAAUGGCUGCUUUUCCGGGAUCUAUUGCGUUCGACGAGUACGGUCGUCCUUUUAUUAUUCUACGAGAUCAAGAAAAACAGAAAAGACUUACCGGCAAUGAUGCGAUUAAGUCUCACAUUUUAGCAGCGCGCAGCAUUGCCAACAUCCUCAGAACAUCACUGGGUCCAAAAGGUUUGGAUAAAUUAAUGGUCAGCUCUGAUGGCGAUAUAACUGUUACCAAUGAUGGAGCAACAAUUUUGAAAAACAUGGAUGUUGAUCAUGAAAUUGCUAAGUUGAUGGUACAGCUUUCACAAUCACAGGAUGAUGAAAUUGGGGAUGGCACUACGGGCGUUGUAGUGUUAGCUGGUGCUCUAAUGGAGCAAGCGGAACAAUUAUUGGAUAAAGGCAUUCAUCCAAUUAGGAUAGCAGAUGGUUUUGAGUUGGCUGCACAGUGUGCUUCGAAGCAGCUUGAUAGUAUAGCAGAAGGUUUUCCAGUAAAUCCUAACGACUUAGAGCCUUUGAUUAAGAUUGCUAUGACAACUCUUGGAUCCAAGAUCAUAAACAAGUGUCAUAGGCAGAUGGCUGAAAUUGCUGUAAAUGCUGUAUUAGCAGUCGCUGAUCUGGAAAAGCGGGACGUUAAUUUUGAACUGAUCAAAGUAGAAGGAAAGGUCGGGGGUCGCCUAGAAGAUACCAUGCUUGUUCGGGGUGUUGUAGUUGAUAAAGACUUCAGUCAUCCUCAAAUGCCUAAGCGAUUAGAAAAUGUCAAACUUGCUAUUCUGACUUGUCCCUUUGAGCCACCAAAGCCAAAGACCAAGCAUAAGCUUGAUGUCACUUCCGUAGAAGAUUAUAAGGCACUUCGUGAAUACGAGCGCGAGACAUUUAUUAAUAUGGUAACGAAAGUGAAAGACGCAGGUGCUACCCUAGCAAUUUGUCAAUGGGGUUUUGACGACGAGGCAAAUCAUCUUCUACUGCAAAAACAAUUGCCCGCCGUUAGGUGGGUCGGAGGCCCGGAAAUCGAACUAAUUGCCAUUGCUACUGGUGGUAGAAUUGUACCACGUUUUGAGGAAUUAACUCCAGACAAACUCGGCUAUGCUGGAGUGGUCAGGGAGUUGACAUUCGGCACUACUAAAGACCGGAUGCUAGUUAUCGAGGAGUGUAAGAAUUCCCGUGCAGUCACCAUCUUUAUCCGCGGUGGAAACAAAAUGAUCAUCGAGGAAGCUAAACGUUCAUUGCACGAUGCACUGUGCGUUGUUCGCAAUCUGGUCACCGACGAAAGAAUCGUCUACGGAGGUGGUGCUGCUGAAAUAUCUUGUGCAUUGGCUUGUGCUGCACACGCAGACAAAGUUAGCUCUCUUGAGCAGUACGCAUUCCGUGCCUUCUCUGACGCGCUAGAAGCUAUUCCGAUGGCUCUUGCAGAGAAUGCUGGCUUAUCUCCGGUGGACAGCUUAGCAGAAGCCAAGGCACGUCAACUUGCAGAGAACAAUCCCGCCCUGGGUAUUGACUGCAUGAAUAACGGUACAGCGGACAUGAAGACGCAAAAUGUCAUUGAAUCAUUGAAGAGUAAGAAACAACAAAUCCUGUUGGCUACUCAACUGGUAAAAAUGAUUUUAAAGAUUGAUGACAUACGAUCACCGAGCGAUACUGCAUAAUAAUCGGCUCUUACGCAAUUAAGCUUCAUUAAUAAAUUGUUCUUUUACAAGACGGUAAUUAUAUUAUAAGCUGUCGUUUCGCUCUAACAUUUGCUUCACUUGCAUUUAUAAUUUUGAUUAUAAACACGAGACACUUCACUUUUACGUCACGUGCUCCUUAGCCACACGUUCUUCACCAUUGUAGCGUUAAUUUAUAUACAAUAAAAGCAAUUGUAAUAAUACUA